UGGUUGAGCUCUCUGGGGUGGCCUGUGGUGCCUGUGCCUGCCGGCCAUCUUCCCAGCACCCCUUCUUCCUCUAAGGCACUCUGGCUUGGUUUUGCACUCACUUGUUCCUGUAACGCUCUAAAGCAUGAAUUUAAGGAAGUGGUAGAAAUCAACAAAUUGAGUUAAAGAAUUCUGCUGCUGCUGCUGCCCCGAACGCUUUGCUGACGCUGCCGGUGACCUCUGAGUGUCCGUGCAGUCUGGUGGGCCCGUUCACCCCAGGCACCAGCAUGGUUGCUGCCUCUCCCCUGCAGAGAUUCAGGACAGGAGCUGUCUUUCACUGUUAGACCAGCUGAGAAGGACUGUGGGAAGUAAAGGGCAAGGUAAUCAAGAAAAAAUUCAUGCUGGGUAAAAUGUUUACCCAUUGGAACAAUUUCCAUUAAAUUUAAUGGCUAAAGGUGCCAUAUAAUGGAUUUAAUUCUUCACAUUUUAUGAAGUAUUAUUAGCAUGCAUUGCUUGCAUAGUAGACAAGUCUGUAUUUGCAUAGCCUGUUACAUUUUGCUAGGGAAAUACAGAAGAAGCGUAAAAAUCCUAACUCAGGUCAAUAUUUACUCAUGUCCCUUCAUGAUUAGAAUCACUUGAAAGAUUAUAUUGUAACAACAUAAACUAUUACAGUGACUCUCUGCUACCAAAUCACUGAAUGCAGAUAAUCUACUGGAUAACUGGGUUUGUGGCAGCAAAAAGUUCACGAAUACCAUUUGCAUGACACUUUUUUUAAAGGGGCUUACAACACAGUACAGUUGGGGUCAGCACCCAAAGUUAAUUUUGAGAUUCUAGACUCAAUGACUGUCUUAUCUCUGAUGUCUGUACUGCAACAGAACUUCACUAGAUCUCGAGUUAUUACAAUCCAAAUAAUAAGGUUUGUGUUUUUUCCUUUUGUUGUCCUGCUGCAUUUGGAGCUUCCAGAACAGUGGAUUCUACAGUAUUGAGAACAGCACAUGUGAGAAAAGGAAGCUAUGACGUUAGUGAUUUGUGGUGAACAAAGAAAUGACAAUACAAAUCAUUAUAAAAGCAUGAAAGGGGAGAAAGAUCUUGAUCGUGUGCAGAAUUCCCUUGUACCUCGGCUAGGUGAAGAUGAAUAGUGUCUCUAGUUCUUCUUUUGCACAUCCAGUAAAUACAUACUGCUUCAUCCUUGUACACAGGAACUAUGGAAAGGUGUGACAUGGUGCUCAGGUUCUUCUGGUUUUGAUGGAAGCGGUAUCUGCUAACAGAAGAUCACAUAAAGUUACAAGAAUUUCAGCAGAUGAAAGUGGCAAUUAGAAAUGAAGUUCAUGGCAAUAAAGAUCUGUAUUUUAAAAGUAUUAAAGAAAAAUUAAAGACAAAUGGAAAGAUUCUCAAAAAUGAAUUAAAAAAAUUACUGCAUUUAUGUCAGACUUCAUCUGAUGUGGAACUAGCCAGAAAAGUUAUUUACAGGUUCCAUGAACAGAAUGAAAUCACAGCCAUAAAUGAUUUUAAAUUUGGGCCUCUCUUUAUGAGGCUGUGUUACGAGCUAGACCUUGAAAGGCCUGCAGUAGAACUUAUCAAAGAUCAGAAUUUGCGUGGUUUUUUCUCGGAGAGUACAUCAUUCCAUAUUUUGAUGACUAUGUUGUUUAAAAAGGGCCAUUUUGAAAGUGCUUUGGAAGUUCUGGUAGAAAUGAAAAAACAAGGUGUACCUUUCAACAAAGAAACUUAUCUACUUGCAUUUGCAAUAUGCUAUAAACUUGACAACAUAGAGUCUUGGAAAAUCUCUGAGAAACUGCUUGAAGAAGCACAGCUAAAAGGUGUCACAUUGCCACUACGAGUGUUCUGCUUUGCUGUGGCAACUGCUCUGAAGCAGGAUGAUGUAGUGCUAGCCAAAUUUUAUUGUUCCCAGAUAAUGAAAAUGGAGAGCAAACUAUAUAAUAAUCUUAAAGUUCUUGUCCAGCUCAAAUCUGGUUCACUUGAAGAAGUAAUAAAAACAUUAGAGGAAGCAGUGGAAGUAGAUACUCCUCCCUUUGUGAAAAAAAUUGAGUUUUCUGAGCAGGUGCUGGCUACAGUCAGGGAAAAGAUGGAAAAAACCCCCAGCCUUUCUGCCAAAUUAGAGAAGAUAUAUACGAAACUACAAGCUUCAGGACGAAUAACUUCCAGCACGCUGGAAGACAUGCUUUUCCAGAUUCCUAGUUCAAAGAAGACACCUGCAAAGCUUUUAAAUCACAAGUUACUUGGCUAUCAGACUGCUAAACCUCUUCAUUCAAAUCUGUUGUUGGAAUAGUUCAUUAUUUAAUGGCAAACUGAAUUGCUGCUAACAUCUCUUAGAAGCUAGGUUCAAAUAAAAAACAUUUUCUCCCCCACUCCACAA